AAUUAAUUUUAAUAAAAAAAAAAAACAAAGUAAUUUAACGCACAAAAAUAAAUAAAUAAAUGUUAGUUUUUGUACUCAAUUGAGAAUCGGUUGCUAAGUGAUAUUGUAACGGGGCCCUACAGUCGGGGGUAUCAACUUCUUUCUCCACCAUUUAACUUAACUUGUCAGAGGAGCAGUUCUUCGGACCAACAUCAGUUUAACAGCAUACGUCAGUGUGUGCAGUAAGCUUAAAGUUGGUGCUUAGACUCAAAACUUAUCAUUCGAAUACGCUUUGAUAUUAUAUAAAAAUAUUUUCGUAGUUUAUUGUUAAUUAUUAUAAAGAAAUUUUCAUUACGUUGAAAUUGGAUAAUAUUUUAGAAUAUUUUGAUUUACAUUUAAAUAAAUAUAGUAAUAAGUUUGAAGUAAAGUUAAAUACUGCUACCUUCUAAAGUGAGAUCAUUUUUCUCGAGUACCUUGACACCAGAAUAUACUUGCAUCCAUCAUAAUUUUUUACAAUAUGGACCAUAUCAAUUUUAAUUAAAUAUUAAAAUUCAUCUUACCAGUUGAAAUAAAAUUUUUAGUAUCAUUUCCAUUGAUUAUUAUAAAAUCUUUAAUUAAAAGUUGUUUGUUUAGUGAUAAAUCAACAAGUGUAUGCUUAAUUAAAGUAUAUAUCAAUUCAUGAAAAGAUAUGAACUGACAUUAUUAUAAUUACAAUGAAUUAAUUGCAAGGUCAAGAUCAUCAAUCCAUCGAUGAAGAAAAAAAAAUUACAACCGAAUCGUUUGUAAAACCAUUUGGCGAGACUAUUGCCUUGUUUGAAGAACGAAAUCGUAAAAUGGGUAGUACAGAUUCACCUGGAGAUGGUCACAGAACUGGACCUUCUGCUUGUGGAUUAGUGGGCUCUAUCUUUCCUGCUAGCUGCCGGGGUCGUGCAGAGGCAUUUGCUAGACGCCUUCAUCAUCGAUUAACAUCAUUAAAUGAUACAGAUUCUAUUUCUACCAAUGCCAAUAAUUCUACUAUAACUGUUUCAAAUGUCAAUGAUGAUGAAGAAGAAGGUAUAAGCUCACCAGAUCAAGUUGUAAGUGCUGCAGAGUUGGCAACUCUAUUUGUUAACCAUUCAGAGCUCUUGAAUGCUAAUCAUCACGAUGCCUGUCACUGUACGGUGAAUAAAAAGAAUGUAGAAGAAAAAAGUAAUGAUUUAGAAUCAGAAUAUAAAUUUUCAUCGUCAGUGAACGGUACUACGCCUUCUGACGACGAUACUAGUGAGACUUAUUACGAUCUUCAAUCAUCUGAUGCUGAUCGUACAGAGUUUUUUGAUACUGUUAAUACAUUUGAAGGUGAUAAAAUUUUACAUACAUCUAAUCAAAUGAAGUCUGAUUAUUAUAAAUCAUCAUCCCGUCGGAAAAUUGAUUCAUGUGAUUUAAAGAAAAUUGAUGAUACAUCUGAAUCAAGCUCAUCGAUGAAUGGUCAUAUUAAAGGAAUAAAUGAAUUAGGACUAACAUCAAGCGCUAAUUGUAGUUUUGAUGAAACAUUAAAUGACAUUAAUAGUUCUUUAGACAACACUUCAUUAAGUUACGAAUCUCUUCAAAAUACUUUUGAUGAAAAUACAACUUCCCUUGAUGAUAAUUCAUUGCCUCUAACAACUGUUUCUUCCGAAGAGCAUAAACAAACGAUCUCAAAAUCAUGCUCAGAUUCACUAAUUACUAAUAGUAAUAUAUCAAUACCUGUCUUAGAUAUUACUCCAGCUACAUCAAAUCAUAAAGUUGAUGUCGAAAGUAAUUGUUUGAAAAGAAAUGAAAAAACUGAAGAAUUAACUUGUACAUCUGAUGACUCAGGAACUGAUUUGACUGAUGAUGAUAAUUCAACAUAUAGUAGUACUAUUGAUAUUCCUGGAGCACUUGUAAUUGAAUGUCCUUUAGAACGAUUACCUGUAAAUACAGUUCAAAAUAUGAUCAAAAAUGAAAUAAACAUUAAAAUUGAUGAACAUUUUAAUAAUAAUGAAAUUAACGUACCACAAUUAUGUGAAAAAAUGUCCACAAUAUCUUGUAAUCGGUCUGAUAAUAAUGCUGGACAACUAAUUGUAAAUAAUAAAACUGACCAAGAGCACAACAUAAAAAAAAUACAAGAUAACGACGAUAAUAAAAUAAAUAAAGGGAAUAAUGAAGCAGAGAUAAUUAAAGAUGAGGAGAGAAUAGAAGAAAAAAAAGAAGAUGAAGAGCAAGAAGAAGAAGAAGGUGAAGAAGAAGAAGAAGAAGAAGAGCAACCACAGAGAGUUAGAAGAUGUUCAUCUCUUAAGACAGGCAAAACUCCUCCGGGUACUCCAGGAAGAAAGAAGAUUGUGCGAUUUGCUGAUGUUCUUGGUCUUGAUCUUGCUGAUGUAAGAACAUUCCUUGAUGAAAUUCCGAAAGUACCAAAUUCGGCAUUUUCAGAUUUGGUUUAUGAUCAAGUUUUCUCAAAAGAUUCAAGUCCAAAUUUUUAUGAUAACAUUUCUUCACGACAAUCAUUCUUUAGAUCAACUUCAGACUCUUUCUCAAUGUCUAAUAACAAUAGCAUUAAACCCGAUAAAAUGUUGGUUCCACUAUUUCAGCAACCAGGAGGGCUUCCAAACUUUUUAGAUAUUGUAAGAGAUCGUCAAGUUUGUUUAGAAAAUGUGAUAGUUCAAGAUCCAAUAUCGAUGUGCAUUGAAGGAACUGUUCGUGUCAGAAAUCUUGAUUUUCACAAAUCUGUUCACAUUAGAUAUACAUUAGACUCAUGGAAAAAUUUUAGUGACCUUCAAGCGAGCUAUGUUAAUAAUUCGUGUGAUGGUUUCAGUGAUAAAUUUACUUUUCGACUUUAUUGUCAUAGUUUGAAAGUUGGAGCAAGAUUAGAACUCGCUGUUCGAUUUCAAUGCAAAGGUGCACAAUAUUGGGACAAUAAUUUAGAUUCUAAUUACUGUUUUCAGUGUUUACCAACGAGUUUACCAGUUAGUUAUAUACCUAUUACUUCAUCUCAUCAUAAUUGUAAUGUUCAUGAUUGGUCUCCAACUUUUUACUAAAAAUUUGAUAAUUAUUUUUCAAUCAAACAAUUCAAUAUAUUGAACAAAAAAAAAUUGUUUUUAACACUCAUAAUAUUCUGAGCAGUAAUUGUUUUCUUUUAUUUGUUUUAUACAAAUAAAUGAAUGGAUGUAAUGAUAUUUAAAAGUAAACAAAUUGUAUAUAAUUUUAAUUUUAAAUCCGCAAAUUAUUACUGAUAUUUUUUUAUGCAAUAUUUUAUUUAGAUUUGUAAAAGGAAUAUAAAUUUCUAGUCUUUGAUCGUUGAAAAGUUUCAAUGUAUUAAUUCUCUGUUGAAGACUCUGUUGAAGAUAGAAUUAUUAAUUUUUCAAUCAUUUCAACAAAUUGUUUUAGCUGAUAUUUUAAACAUUACUUAUUAAGAUUAAAUUAUUAAGUAUAUAAAAGAUCAUAGGUCUGUAUAUGCACCAUUAAUAAUGUACUGCUAGCAUUAUAAUUUUUAGAAUAAUGUAAUAUUAUCAUACAAAUAAUUAAUCAUUGUUAGUUAUGUGAAUUAUUAUCUUAAGUACUAACAAAAUCAUUACAAUUGUUUUACAUGAGUACAUGAAUUACGAUAUUUUUUUGCUCAAGUAUGCGUUCAUAACAAUGAUAAAGUUACACUAUACAAAGUAAAUGACAACAAUAGAGCAUUAAAUACAGAAAAAAUCAAAUUAAUCCUCGUAUUAUGGAUCGAAUGUUAUGUAUAUAGAAAGUUUUAUUAACUAAAUUUAUUAUUCGAUUUAUAUAUAUAUAUAUACCAUGUUUUUACGAGACUGAUAAAGUGAAUAAGUGAAUUAAUAAAUUAAUGAAUAUUAAUAAA